AUGCCGAUUAAAAUAUUGCUAGCCCGUCAAGUAUUCGAUUCAACAGGAGUUCCUACUGUAGAGGUAGACAUGGUAACCGAGCUUGGGCUGUUUCGUGUAGGCGUCCCAAGUACUGAUGCUAAAAAGAUCGCUGAGGCUGUACAAUUGCGUGACAAUAACCCCGCGGAGUACAUGGGUAGAGGGGUAAGCAAUGCCGUUAAAAACAUUAAUACUAUUAUUGGGCCUGAACUCAUAAAGCAAAAUUAUGAAGUCACUAUGCAAAAGGAGAUCGAUCAGUUCAUGCUAGCACUCGACGGUACCGAAAACAGGUCAAGACUCGGGGCUAAUGCUAUCAUGUGCGUGUCCAUGGUUGUGGCCAAGGCUGGGGCAGCGAAAAAAGGGAUGCCACUGUACAGACACAUUUCCGAUAUGGCGGAUGUAACGAGCAUAAUAAUGCCAGUCCCACAUUUUAGCAUUUUGACGGGAGGUAUUCUUGCAUCUAACGAGCUACCUUUUCAAGAAUAUUUAAUAAUGCCCACUGGUGUAUCGUCGUUUUCUGAAGCAAUGCGCCUCGGUACUGAUAUAUACCAAUAUGUCAAGAAUAUAAUCAAAUCAAAAUAUAAAGUUGAAGCAACUUAUGUCAGCGAUACUGGCGGCUUCUCCAUACCGUUGCGAAGUAACAGAGAUGCGCUUAUUGUAUUGACGGACGCUAUCAAACAGUGCGGAUACGGAGGGAAAGUUGAGAUUGCUAUAAACGCUGCCGCUUCAGAUUUAUUAAAAGAUGGCGCCUACGAUUUGGAAUUUAAAAAUACUAAUACAAAUCCGCAAGAUUACAUGUCUUCUGACAAGCUCGCAGAAUUAUAUCUCGAAAGCAUGAAGGAGUUCCCGCUGUGCUCCAUCGAGGAUGCAUUUGAUUAUGAUGAUUGGGCUGCGUGGUCCACUUUGACCUCGCGAACGCAAGCUCAGUUAUUCGGGAACGAUUUGACUCAGACAAAUCUACGCAGAGUUGGCCUAGCCGUGGAGAAAAGAGCGGGAAAUACUUUAGGGUUACGAUUAAAUCAAUCGGCUACUCUCACGGAAUUAAUAGAUGUUUUUAAAUUGAUGAAAUCAAAUGGUUUCGGCGUAGUGGUCUGUGACAGAUGGGGGGAUACGGACGACCUCUUCCUAGCUGAUUUGGUUGUCGGGCUAUCGGCGGGUCAGAUUAAGUGUGGUGCCCCAGCAAGAUCUGAACGCAUAGGCAAAUAUAAUCAAAUUUUGCGUAUAGAGGAGGAGUUAGGCGCAUUAGCUAAAUAUGCAGGCAAAAAUUACCGCGGACAAAAU